AUGUCUCCCUUGACUGAAGCUCAGAACCCUCAGGGUGGACAGGCUCCUAUGGAGGGCGUUCAGUCGACCGGCAAGGCCCAGACCAUCGAUGGAACCGCCGUCGCUCAACAAAUCCGCUCAGAUCUGGCCUCCCAAAUCUCCUCCCUCCGCAACACCUACCCUUCUUUCAAACCUCCUCACCUCCAGAUCCUCCAACUCGGCUCUUCCGCUGCUUCCUCGACUUACAUUCGUAUGAAACUCAAGGCCGCUCAGGAAUCGGGAAUGACCGUCGAACACAUCCAGGUCCCCUCCGAUGCCGAGUCUGGAGAGUCCGAGGGCAAGGGCGUGGAAGAGAUCGAGAGGUUGGUCAAGCGGGCGAACGGGGAUCCCAAGGUCAGCGGGUUGUUGGUGCAGCUGCCCCUCGAAGGAGCUACGCCGGAGCAGGAGAGGGUCAUUGUAGAGACCGUCGGAGUUGACAAGGAUGUCGAUGGAUUCCACCCGGAAAACAUUGGACACCUCUCGUCCCGUCUCUCUACCCCGUUGUUCACCCCUUGUACCCCGGCCGGAGUGAUCAAGCUCAUCGAUAGCACCGGUGUCAAGAUCGCUGGAUCCAACGCCGUCGUCCUCGGCCGAUCGGACAUUGUCGGAACUCCCGUUUGUGCCUUGCUCAGGCGACGUGAUGCGACCGUCACCCAGUGUCACUCGAGGACCCAAGGGUUGGAGGCCAUCUUGAAGGACGCCGACAUCGUCGUCGCUGCCAUCGGAAAGGCCGAGUUUGUCAAGGGAGAGUGGUUGAAGCCGGGUUGCGUCGUCAUUGAUGUCGGUACCAACUACAUUCCUGACUCGAGCAAGAAGUCCGGUCAACGUCUCGUCGGUGACGUUCACUUCGAGUCGGCCUCGCAGGUCGCUUCGCACAUCACCCCCGUCCCUGGUGGUGUCGGUCCCAUGACCGUGGCCAUGCUUAUGAACAACACGUUCGAGGCCGCCAAGCGUCAGUGGGAACAGGGUCGGGAGCGCAAGGUCAAGCCCUUGAAGUUGAAGCUUCUCGACAACGUCCCGAGCGACAUCGAGAUUGCCGUCGCUCAGACUCCCAAGCCCGUCGUCGAUGUUGCCUCUGAGAUGGGUCUGAUCCCGGACGAGGUCGAGUCGUACGGCAAGUACAAGGCCAAGGUCGAGCUCUCCGUCCUCGACAGGCUCAAGGAGCGAAAGGAUGCCAAGUACAUUGUCGUCGCUGGUAUCAACCCUACCCCAUUGGGAGAGGGUAAAUCGACCACCACGAUCGGGCUCGCCCAGGCGCUCGGAGCCGAGUUGAACAAGACUGCCAUCGCCUGUGUUCGUCAACCUUCUCAAGGACCUACUUUCGGUGUCAAGGGAGGAGCCGCUGGUGGUGGAUACUCGCAGGUCAUCCCCAUGACCGAGUUCAACCUCCACUUGACCGGUGAUAUCCACGCCGUUACCGCUGCCAACAACUUGUUGGCCGCCGCUCUCGACGCGAGGAUGUUCCACGAGAGCCAACAAUCCGACAAGGGUCUCUUCAGCCGACUCUGUCCCCCCAAGAAGGGAGUCAAGACCUUUGCGCCUCCCAUGCUCAGGCGACUCCAGAGGCUCGGAAUCAACAAGACCAAGCCCGAGGAAUUGACCCCGGAGGAGAUCACCAAGUUUGCCAGGCUCGACGUCGACCCGGCUACUGUCACUUGGAACCGUGUCAUCGACACCAAUGAUCGAUACCUUCGAAAGAUCACCGUCGGUCAGGCGCCUACCGAGGCCGGAGUUACCAGGGAGACCGCCUUCGAUAUCGCUGUCGGAUCCGAGGUCAUGGCUGUCCUUGCCCUCGCUACCGAUCUUGCCGACCUCAGGGAGAGGCUCGGAAAGAUGGUUGUCGGGACCAGCAGGUCAGGUGACCCCGUCACUGCCGACGACGUCGGCUGUGCCGGUGCCAUGGCCGUCCUGAUGAAGGACGCCAUCAAGCCUACCCUCAUGCAGACCUUGGAGGGUACCCCCGUCUUCGUCCACGCCGGUCCUUUCGCCAACAUUGCCCACGGAAACUCGUCUAUCAUUGCCGACAGGAUCGCUCUCAAGCUCGCCGGUACCGAGGAGGGUGACGACGCCGAUCGUGCCGGAUACGUCAUCACCGAGGCUGGUUUCGGUGCCGAUAUUGGAAUGGAGAAGUUCUGCAACAUCAAGUGCCGAGUAUCUGGACUCAAGCCGAACGCGGUCGUUAUCGUCGCUACCGUUCGAGCCCUCAAGAUGCACGGAGGUGGACCCCCCGUCACCCCCGGAAAGCCCUUGGCUGACGUCUACCAGCAGGAGAACCUCGAGCUCCUCGAAAAGGGUUGUGCCAACUUGGGCAAGCACAUUGAGAACGCCAAGAAGUACGGUCUCAAGGUCGUUGUCGCUGUCAACCAAUUCUCCGCCGAUUCCCCCGCCGAACUGCAGUUGGUUCAGGACUACUCGUUGGCCAACGGUGCCGACUUCGCCGUGCCCUCGAACCACUGGGCCAAGGGUGGAAAGGGAGCCGUCUCCCUCGCCGAGGCUGUCAUCAAGGCUUGCGAAGGCGAAUCCCAGUUCAAGUUCUUGUACGACUUGGACAAGUCGCUGGAGGAGAAGAUUAGGAUCAUCGCCACCGAGAUGUACGGUGCCGACGGUAUCGAGCUCAGCGAGGAGGCCAGGAAGCAGAUCGAGACUUACACUCGACAAGGAUUCGGCAACUUGCCCAUCUGCAUGGCCAAGACCGCCUUGUCUUUGUCCGACGACCCCAGCAAGAAGGGUGUGCCUACCGGGUUCACCCUCCCCAUCAACCGGGUCAGGCUCUCGGCCGGUGCCAACUUCGUCUACCCCUUGGUCGGAGACAUGUCGACCAUGCCCGGUUUGACCACUCGACCUGGAUUCUACGACAUCGACUUGGACCCCGAGACCGGAGAUAUUACCGGCCUUUUCUAG